AAACAAUGCAGCAGGUGCUUGGAGAGUCAGACAAUGAUGUUGAUGUUGUUCCCAUACUUCGUAGUCCGAGACACGCAGAGAAGGGAGACUAUUUUCAGUCCAGGAAAAAUGCUCAUCCCUUCCUCAGAAUAAUUUGACUGUGAAGAAAGAGAUUGUGAUGAAGCCUCGGAGAGAAGGGCAGUUCUGGAUAGUGAUAGCACUAGUGCAGAAUCCAGAAUGGAUGUCCUCUUUGUAGCCAUCCUUGCUGUGCCACUCAUCCUGGGACAAGAAUAUGAGGAUGAAGAAGGACUGGAAGAGGAUGACUAUUAUCAGGUGGUCUAUUAUUACACAGUCACCCCCAACUAUGAUGACUUUGGUGCAAACUUCACUGUUGAUUACUCUAUGUUUGAGUCAGAGAACAGGCUGAACAAGUUGGAUAAGGAGGUAAUGGAAGCAGUAGAGACUACCAUUAGUCGUGAAACAGACCCUGCAGACCAUCAGAAGCCUGUAACAGAGAAACCAGUGACAAUGGAACCACAGAGUCCAGAUCUGAACAAUGCUGUAUCCAGUCUGCAGAGUCCUGGUGCACUCCUCCUGUCCUGGGCCCUCGUUCAGGGGGGGAUGUAUUUCAUGUAGAAGGAGAGGGAAGGCUGCUACGACUCAUUGGAUGGGGAUUUGGGAAGAGGAGAGUGGAAGAUUAAAUAAAUAAAUGAAGUAAUCUGGUUACUCUCUACUCCUUUAUGAGGGUCAGUUCUAAAGCUGCAACACUGAAGAGAGCACCAGGAUAUAGGUGUGGGAAGGGUAGAUUAGAAAGGGAGUUAGGCGACAGUAGAGUUAGAGGGAAUUAUUAGGGCUGUGAAAAAAUAAACCCUGAAAUUUUGGGAAUAAUGGAGAAAAACACCCACAAACAACAGGUUUAUUCACAGCCUACAAUUCCCUCUAAUUCUACUGUUUUGCUUUAUCAUAUAUGGUGUUGAGACAGUAUGUUUGCAGAAAGAAAGUUGAAGUGGAACCCUUUUUUCCUUUUUAUAAAAUAAGCACAUUGUUAAACAUACGUAAAAUAUCAAAACUACUUAGAAUAGAUUUUUAAAAUUCACACCCUCCUCCACUUAUCUCCCCACUGUAGCUCCUAACUAUGUACCCUUUUCAGUUAGUAAUUAAGGCAUUCGGGGACAAACUGUUUUUUUCUUCUUAUAAAUUUAUUUAUUUAUUUUUGGCUGCUUUGGGUCUUUGUUGCUGCAGGCUUUCUCUAGUUGCGGCGAGCGGGGGCUACUCUUGGUUGCGGUGCGCGGGCUUCUCAUAGCAGUGGCUUCUCUUGUUGUGGAGCACGGGCUCUAGACGCGUGGGCUUCAGUAGUUGUGGCUUGCGGGCGAGUGCAGGCUCAAUAAUUGUGGCACAUGGGCUUAGUUGCUCCGCGGCACGUGGGAUCUUCCUCGACCAGGGCUCGAACCUGUGUCCCCUGCAUCGGCAGGCGGAUUCUUAACCACUGAGUCACCAGGGAAGCCCAGGGACAAACUUUAAAAAGAAAAAAAUUUUUUUUCCUUUUAUCCUUCGACCCUAAUCAGAACUGGGCUGCCCCCUUGCGGUAUCUUGGAUGUUUUAGCUUCAAUCAGCCCACAGUCCCUGGGUCCUGUCCCCUUCUCUCCACUGUGCUCUCAAUACUGCAAGGGGGAGUUCCCCGGUGGCUUAGUGGUUAGCACUCCGGGCUUUCGCUGCGGUCACCCGGAUUCAAUUCCUGGUUGGGGAACUGAGAUCCCGCAAGCCUCCCGACACAGCAAAAGAAAACAAACAAACAAAACAAAACAAAGCACUUCAAGGGCCAGUGAAUAGUAAACUCCGGACUUGCCACCCUCCGUCCUUCAAAUCUUCUCCAGAGGACAAAUGAAGAAACUGAAGCUGGACAAGUACAUAAUCUAGGAGAUCAGAGACCUACCCACUCUCCUUUUCUUGUGCUAAGAAACACAGAACUAAGGGCACAGGGCCCGGGGAACCAGGGUAGAAAAGUCAGGAACAACCCAGCGGGGCUUUGACCUCUGGAGUCGUGGCGGGCUGGCAUCUGAGCUGGUAACGUGCGUGGCGGGUUACAUAAGGAAAGGGCUGGUGGAGCCGCCCCAGCGGGAGCCGGGGAGAGGACGCGGUGUUCUCGGCAGCAAUCCCCACCCUCCUCACCCAGCAGGGCAGGAGGCACCCAACUUGUAAGAGAAGGAGGAGGAGGGGAGGGUGAAACAGAGACGGGGCAGUCACGAGAGCUGGGCCGCC